GAAAACUGGUUUUAAAUGCAAAUUCUCAGGCUGAGAUGAAAGCAUUUACAAUCUAAACUUUAAGUGAAAAAGACCGACACGAGCUCAAAGCGUAAAGCACUAGGCGCAGUUUAAAGACGGCAAAGAAAAUACAUAAAGGAACACAUUUUAAGAUAGUGAAAAAAUACAUUCAUAUAAAUAAAAUGAUAACAAGAGGCAGACACCGUUUGAAAACGUUACUAAUUUUUUGUUCGUUUUUAAUCUACAUCGAAAUUGGUAAAGCGAAAAAGGCGCCAGAGACAUUGUCAACAACGAGCAGUGCAAUUAAUGCGGUGACUCCAACGGGAAUUUUCAAUGUAAUACCCCAAACAUUUGACACAGGCUAUUACGCGUACGAUGACUUUGAUGACUAUGUGCCGUUCAGCAGCGAUGCUCAUGAUCAUUUUUCAUGGGAGUUAUUACGAAAUGUUAUCAAGGAUGAAAAGACCAACGUUGUUAUCUCACCUUUUUCGGUGAAGUUACUUUUAGCUCUGUUGGCUGAAGCGGCUGGUAACAAUACGCAGACACAAAAUGAGUUGGUAAAAACCCUGGAAGUAAUUAAAUCGCCGGACAAUUUGCGUGGUUUUUAUAAAAAGAUGUUGACAUCAUUAAAGAAAGAAAAUCCAUAUAACACGUUAAAUUUGGAAACGAAAAUGUUCACAGAUCAGUUUGUUGAACCUAAGCAGAGAUACGCAGCAAUGUUGGCAACUUUCUAUGGUACAGAGAUUGAACGCCUUAAUUUCAUGGAUACCCAAGCGUCCGCAGACCACAUCAAUGGAUGGUGCAGAAAUGUGACACACGGUCAUUUGCAAAGCCUCGUUACUAAAGAAAGCAUCAAGAACAGUGUUAUGCUUUUGGUGAAUGCCAUAUACUUUAAUGGGCUGUGGCGGCGGCAAUUCAAUGAGACAUUUGAUGGUGUGUUCUUUACGACACCCCAAAAACAAACUAGGGUGCAGUAUAUGGAACAAACGGAAUAUUUUUACUACUAUGAUCACAGCUCGUUGAACGUCAAAAUUUUGAGAUUGCCCUACAAAGGCAAGAAGUUCUCAAUGUUCAUAUUGUUGCCAAAGACUAAGGGGGGUGUGGAUGAGCUGAUACACGUGUUGCAAAAUGACCAAGUCAAGCGUAUGCAAUUCAUGAUGGAAGAGGUUAAAAUAAAAGUAACGAUGCCCAAAUUCAAAUUUGAUUUCGAUAAAAAUCUUAAAAGCACUAUUUCUGCUCUGGGCAUAAUGGAGAUCUUCACGGACGAGGCAUCAUUGCCAGGUCUCGAUAGGGGGGCUACUGUGGCCGGCAAAUUAAAAGUGACCAAUAUCAUUCAGAAAGCAGGCAUUGACGUAAAUGAAAGGGGUACAGAGGCGUUCGCUUCAACAGUUAUUGAAAUCGGCAAUAAAUUUGGAGGAGAUGCAACUAUUGAAGAGUUCAACGUAAAUCGACCAUUUAUUUUCUUUAUUGAAGAAGAAGCAACUGGCAGUAUAAUAUUUGCAGGGAAGUUUUUAGAGCCGGGUUUGUAACCCUUUAGAUAUUUUAAGCCAAAUAUUUAUUUUGAAAUUUUAGAUUCGUAAUAUUUGUAAGAUUUCAACAAAAUAAAAUAUAUACAA